AUGGGGUCGGGGACCCGUUCGCCUCUUGUUCGCCUUCACGAAUCCCCACUGAAGAUGGCGGCGGUCGUCGUGGAGGGGGUUUCCGUAGCCGGAGCAGCAGGGGCCGGGCGCUUCCGGCUCAAGCGUCGCAACUUCCGGGUCAAGAGGCGCGUCGUGGUGACGUCACAUGGCUCACGUGUUUACAGUGCGGACAGUAGCGGCUGCCCGGCCGCUGUUGUUGUUCAUUGUAAGUCGGUGGUGGUCAUUGCGACUUCUUCUUCUGCUGCUGCACCUCGCAGAGCGAGCCUCAGGAGGAUGUGGAGCUGGCUGGUGGGGAAGAGGGACGCGGUGGAGAGCAAAGAGGUACCGGAGAUUAGUGAUGAGCAGCCAUCGAAUCCAUUUACUGAGCUCCAGGUUCUGGCCGGACACACAGACAUCGUGCGUCUCUUGGUUCGCUUGGAUGACGACAGGUUUGCCUCGGCGGGUGAUGACUGCAGGGUCAUCAUAUGGAACGUGAAGAGCGGGGAGAAGAUGCACGUGUGUCAGGGCCACUCGCGUCCCAUCACCGCCAUGACUGUGCUGUCAACCGCUGUAGGUGACCCGGAAAUUCACAAGCUUCACUCGACGGUGCUCCUCACUGCUUCCUCCGACAAAACCAUCAUCAUGUGGGAUAUCAGCACGGGACAGCCUCUAAAGAUUAUCUCCAACUCCGAAGGAUCUCUCAUCUCGGUCAAGUGUCUGCUGGUGCUGAGAGAAGAGGCUCUCUGGCUGGCUGGCGGGAAGUACCUGCUGCUGUGGAGCCAGGAUGGGAACCUGCUCUCAAAAGUGUCCACCCACCGUCAAGAAGAGGUGUCUUCGCUGAUUCGCAUUAAAGACUCCCUGAUCGCGGCUGCAAUGGGCAAAUGUUUAGUUCUGUACGGCCUGGAGUACGGCAAGGAAACCCCCCACCAGAGGCAACUCCAGCAGCUGAAGGCGCUGACGGUCCACGCGGAACACGUUCACAGCCUGCUGAGCCUGCAGGGCGGCUGGUUUGCGAGCGGCUCCCUGGACGGCGAGCUCAUCCUGUGGAACUCUGGCAACCUGGCGGAGCAUCGCAAGGUGGCGCUGCACGCACCCAUCAGCCCGCAGCUCCAGAAGUCGCACUGCUCCCAAGCCUACCCGUGCAGCAUCGCCCACCUAUCAACCGACUCGCAGUGUGUGUUCGCAGCAGUUGGGUCGGGAAUCUGCGUGUACGAUCUGACGUCGCAAAGACUGGUCGCCUGCCAAAGGAAUGCUCACAACUCGCAGGUGCUGCAAGUCGUCAAGCUGCAGAAGAGUGGCCUGCUGGUGAGCUGCUCUGAAGAUGGCACCACGCGCAUAUGGAAGCUCCACUCGCCGGCUGCGACGCAACUUCCGCGCAGGAGGACGGCAUCUGAGCGGUGGUCGCUGGGGCUCGUUGGGGACCUCAUUGGCCACUCCGGCGCCCUGCAGAUGCUGCUCGACUUUGAGAAGCACGGCUUGGCGAGCUGCUCGACGGAUCAGCUGAUUAUCGUGUGGAAGGAAGGAGAGCGGGCGUCCCUCUACAGGAACUCUCUCGCACGCAACCUGAAUCGGCACUAUCAGCAGACUUGCAAGUCUGAGACCACCUCGUUUGAUGACCAGAACAUUAUUUAACACGUGAAGAGUGCCCCUCUUUAACUGGUGGUGGUUGUGGCGUCACACACGAGAGAAUGAGUGGAUAACAAGCGUGCCCGGUUAGAUUAUACCGACCGAUCCUCAAGCAGUGUUUACAUAUCACGAGAACCGUAUGUUUUCACAAAUGUCGUCCAUCGCAUCGGCAAAUCUGGGGCAUUCUCCACUAACCUGUCGGUGCACUUGAGGUCCGAGGUCCUCGCUACGUAUCUCCAGGGAAGAUAUACAGUUCUAAAAACAUUGUGAGGCUGACAAUGUCAUGGACUGGAGUAAUUCCCAGUGCUCGUGGGGAUGAUGUCACGUGAGUACGUGGGGAGCUUCCCUGGUGGUCCGCAACGUCACGGACCGGAAAACGCUUUUGCCGUUCACUUCAUCUCUCCCUUUCCUCCGUGAACCGGCCGCAUGUUGUUGAGAAGCAGCGUGAAUCGUACAAAGCUGAAAUUCGGUGGUAAUUUGGUUUUAUUGCUGCUUUUAAACACGAAGGUGUACGCAAUGAUUACGUUGUGCAGCAGCUGCGCCUGCUGUGAGAAUUUCGUACACGACGUCCUGAUAAUGUGGCAGACACGACACGCGCUGCCGCCACCCUGUCCGUACCUACACUGUGGGUGCCGUUCGCGUUUUCGAAUGUGUUUUUUAACAAUUCUUGCUGUAAAUGUGUUUAUUCGUCCGUGGCGGUGUUUUCCCCCCACCCCCUCCCACCGCGUGGUUGUCAACGGUUCCCGCCAAGUCUGUUCCACGGUAGUUGCAUCUCAGAUUUGACAAGCGGGGCUUUUAGCGGAUCUGCCAGAGAGCCACCACAGUUUCUCCAACCAAUCAUUUGGUUGUGCUGUGCUCCACACUGGUGAGGAACCCAUGGAGCUGGGGAAGCACAUGUGCAUAAGACAUUAUUAUUGCUACUACACUCCAGCCCCAGUUUCGUGAGAUUGACAGAUCUUACUUUGUACCCUCUGAAUAUUGAUGGUGCCUUAGCAUGGCUCUGAGACCCAUGGACAAGGGAGGCAUAUUGUUGUUACCGUGUUUACAGUAUUUUGUAACUACGUUGUUCUCCGUGUGUACACACACGUGCAUUUUGUGCUGUGAUGUUUCUCCACUGCCCCCUUGUCCCAUCUGCUCACAUCUCUCUCAAUAUGCUGACUCUGUGUCGCUGCUACUUUUUACCAAAUGACACCUCACUGUUUAAGUAAUCCCGGAUCACUUGACGAGCCAAUAGCUGGGGAGCUCCACCUACGAACAUUGUGGACAUAUGCAGUCAUUGAUUUUUUUUAUCGGGUGGGCCAUGCAAUGAUCUUGCUACAUUUAUGUCGUUAAAACCCUCCUCCAUGAAUUUGUCCAAGUCAUUGUGACCCAACCCAAAAAAAAAAUUCGGUUUUGAUUAACAGUAAUGGCUGCGAAAACCUACUACCUAUUCAAUAGUGAUGUUUAUUUUUAUAUACGUACAAGACCCCGUCUGCCUUAACGUUGGAGAGGUGAAUUGAGCUAAGCAAAGAGACACGGCCAUUACCACGCCUGCUGCAUGGCUGGCGGGUUGAGAAGAAGCUCCAACAGUCUCCGCUUGUUGACGUGUCCCGUAUCUACAAUAGGAUACCAUGUGGAUUUGUACGAUACGAUGGUCAACGGUCGAGAAUGAUAACGGAGCGGCAGCCAAGGAAUGGGACGUGUCUUGAGGGGGUGUCCACGGUGGAGAUGGAGCGACUUACAUCGGCUCUUGUGUAGGUACAAGGCGGGAUUAAUACAUCACAGGAUUGAGAGAGACGGUGGUGGCUUGGGGAUGUUUUUAUCGAGCAGUGCAUUGAGCGUGGCUGAUAGCUUGUCAGUACGUCUGAAGACGCAGUACAGAAACGAAGGGGUUUCGAUACGAACUGGGGUUUCACCCACGUGGUGAACGAGAGUAAGUCGUGUUCUCGCGACUCUCUGGCACAACGGACACCCACACGCUAGAGUCGGCAGGUUUUAAAUUACCCUCGCCCAGAAUGUGCAUCUAUCCCUGUUUGUCUUCGUGGACGUUCCGGGGGCUUUUUUCCAGCCGGCAUGUAUGUUUGUUUUUUGUUCAACUUUGCCUAUAAAUCUCUUCCCCUACAACCCGUGGGUUGCCUGCCAUGUGCCAAUACGUUUGUGUUCUUUUCCCUUUGAAGAACGUCCACGCAGCAUGCAUUGAUUAUUUUGGCGGGCGAAUGUUGAGUCGAUGGCAAGUUACGAUCGUGUAUUUACAGAGUGGCCGAUUUUACUUUCUCUGAAGUCUUGCAGUUUGGAGAUGUUUUUGUGCGCCAGAGUGCGUUUUAAGUCGGACUUGAAGCACGGAGAUUUUAUUGGCAAACGUUGAAUGGGGCACUGGAUGGAUACAGUUUUUGAGGUUGAUUUAAAUUACAUUUUAAGAACGGGUCUCUUGAAUGUUUUAAUAUACAAUGUUAUGUUUCUUGUUUUAAAUAUGCUAAAGCUAUUUCCAAAUCGAUGAACACUGAUAUGUUAAAGUAACAAUGUUAUUGUUGUUGAAUUUUGUGCUUUCCAUUCUGGGAAGUUUGUGUUUCAUGGUAGUAAUAAUGCGUCACCGUUGUGCGGAGCGGUUAAUGUGGUGCAAUAUUGUUGGAAUGCCGUUGCAGUGUCGAUGGAAUGUUCUUGUUGAAUAAAGUA